GCCAUCAGCGCCUCGCCUCCCUGCCAAGACCAAGAGCAAGCCUUCCCUCCCCCUGCCUUCCCCCCCUGCCAGCCUUCAGUCAACAGCAGAAGCCCGCGGCCCCGUGCACAGCGCCUACAAUUCCAUUCUCCAUUUUCCUGCACUUCGCCGCUUCUGCAGAAUACACCCCAACACACACCGCCAGGAUGAGUGUGGACACCCAUUGGGACAUCGAGUCUUACCGUGCGCCGUACGAGAGCGAGGAGCACUGGACGCUGAAGAGGGAGUUCAUAGAGGCUCACAAAGACCGAAUCCCCGAGGUGCGGCUCAUCUGUCUGGCGCAGGUCUUCGUCAACAUUGAGCUCCUGGGAUGCAAGUACCCCGACCCCGUGAUGGAGCAGGUGGCGGUGAUGGCGAGGGACGUCGGCCAUGACUACAAGGAGAAGAAGAAGACCAAGCUACAGCGCACCUUCGUCAAGGCCUCCGACGCCGCGGGGGCCAGACUUAAAGGGGCCAGCACCUCGGCACUCAUCGAGGCCGCCGGCAACCAAGGGAAUGCUGCUGGGGCCAUGAACCAGGGGGCGGGACACACCACGGGCUUCAUGAAUGCAGGAUACAACAACAACAUGUCAUCUAUGAAUACAGGGGCAGGAAACUUCAUGUCAUCGCUGAGUGCAGGCGCCGGGAGCUACAUGUCAGCCAUGGAUUCAGGCGCUAACAACCCCAUGUCAUCAAUGAAUAUGGGAACCAGGAAUUCCAUGUCGUCUAUGGAUACAGGCGCUGGAAAUUCCAUGUCAUCUAUGAAUACAGGCGCUGGAAACUUCAUGUCAUCUAUGAAUGCUGGACCUGGAAAUUUCACGUCGUCUAUGAACACAGGCGCUGGAAACAUGUCAUCUAUGAAUCCAGGAGGUUCGUACUCCAUGAAUAGAGGUUCCAACCCCCCAGGAAAUGCCAACACCAUGAGCCAGGGCGGAGGGGGUAACGCAUCGUCCCUCCUUGGCCGUCCACCUCCCGCUGUCACCUCAAAACUCGCCGCGCUCAAAAAACCCGUCGCCUUCGUAGCGGCGGGCGUAACUAACCCUCUGGCAGACGACAGUAGCGGCGAUGGCGGAGGCGGGGACACAGCCAGGCCGCCCAACCCCUACGCCCCCAUGAUGGUCUCACAGAACAACAGCAACAACAACAAGAACUGCUCCUCCCUCCUUGGUGCUCCUCCUCCUCAAUACAGCAACACAUUCAAAGAUUCAGAUGCCAAUCCGUCUGUCUUUGGAGGGUUGAGCGCCAAGCCUAACAUAUUUGGAGGAGGAUCAAAUGCCUCUCCGUCGCUUUCAGGAGGAUUGAAUUCCAUGGCUCCGACCUAUGGGGGAUCCAACAACAACCCUUCCAUGCCCGGGGGCCUGAAGGCAUCCUUGUAUGGGGGUCUGAUCAACAGCAGCCAAGCAGGAGGAUCAAAUACCAUGUUAGGAGGCUCCAGUACCAUGAUGGGAGGAUCGAACACAGGCAGACCUAUGCUGGGAGGGUCGUCCAGUAACAGUAACAUGCUUGGAGGUUCAAAUUCCAUGAUGGGAGGAUCGAAUGCUGGUAUGUCCCUCCUUGGUUCUGCCCCUGGAGUGAAUUCUAACACUAAUGCUACCUAUUCCUCCUCCUCCUCCUCCUCCUCCUCAUGUCUCUUCCCCGGCGGCCCCCCCUCCCCCAACACCACCCUCAUCACCGCCCCGCCCAACAAGAAGAAGAAGUCCAAGGCCGAUAAGAGCAAGGACAAGCCCAUCACGGAGAAGUUCAUCAAGUUCAUCGGCAGCGACAACAUCGGGGCCACACCAGACAUGAUCAGCAAGACAGCCAGCAUGACGCUUCUGCAGAAGGCCGGCCAGAAGGAGGGCCAAGGCCAUAACACUGGAUCCUCCUCUUUCACUUCUUUUGCUUCCUCUGGUUUCACUCCUUCCUCUUCGUCUGGUUAUUCCUCCUCCUCCUCCAGAAUGGGUGGUCAGAUGACCUCCUCCUCCUCCUCCUCCAGAAUGGGUGGUCAGAUGUCCUCGUUCUCUUCCUCUUCCUCUUCCUCCUUCAAUAAUUCUGGGCCCUCCUCCUCCUCCUCUUCCUUCUCCUCCUCCUCUUUCAAGAACCCUGGGCAGCAGUCCUCCUCCUUCCCCACCUCCUCCUCCAACUCAAGAUCACAGAAACAAAGUCACCUUGCCCACUGGAGCAGUGUGGUGGGCAAGAACAACCCUCUCCUGGCCUUCGUGUUGGUGCGUCGCGAGAACCACGACAACAACGGGGCGGCUGCCGCCAUCCUCAACACCUCCUCCUGCUUCAGCCGCAUCCCCAUCAACUACGUCUACAACAAGGUCGGCAACUUCUUUGAGUGUACCGUGAGCAUCAACGGCGUGGACGUGGUGUCGGCACGCAGCACGAGCCGCAAGAAGGCGCGGGACCAGGCGGUGGUGGAGGCCGUCAAUGAGCUGCCCAAACACUGCUUCACGCUCAAGGUCAAGAAAGCGCUGCGGGCCGAGAGUGUGUCGCUGGACCAGGUGGCGAACGACCUGAACUCUCGCUCCCUGGGCUCGCAGAACAACCCUCUCGGUGGGAACUCCGUAGCCAACAAAAUGAUGAAGCAGAUGGGCUGGACGGGGGGCGGCCUGGGCAAGAAGGGGGAGGGCAUCACCGAGCCUGUCAGGCCCAGCGAGGUGUUUGGGCGGCAGGGACUCGGGCUGACGGAGACCUCGAGCAACGUGAAGGGCGCCGUCACCCCCGCCUUCUGCAAGCGGGUGAGGGAGAUCAUCAGCGACUUCGCCAGCAACCCGCGCAACACCAACCUCUCCUUCUCCAGCGAGUUCUCCAAGGACCAGCGCACGGAGAUACACAAGAUCGCCCGGCUGUCCCACCUGAAGAGCGUCAGCCACGGGAGCGGCAAGACUCGGUGCGUGGUCAUCUCGCACAAGGUCGCCGCGCAGGACCUGUUGUUGCGUCUGCUUCAGGAGGGCAACAACGACCAGUACCAGCUCACGCCGCCCACCUCGUACGAACCCUAGACUGGCAGAAGGAAGGAAGGUUUUGUUCGUAGUGGCAGAAAGCGGGUUUUGUUGAUUUUAUCCUGUUGUCGCGAUACCUGGUGUUUGUUUAGCCUACCUUCGCUUCGUCCAUGUUCUCUGUCCACUCUACCUUUUCCUUUUCUCCCUUUGAUGUUCAUUCUAAUUGCUCUCAUCCUCUCUUCCUUUUUUUCUAUGCCUUCUCAGACGUCAUCUCUGUGUUCUUCAUUCUCUUUUUUCCUAUUCCGUUUCUUCUCUUCAUGUUCUUAUUUACUCGUUUCUUCCUUUUCCUCUGCCUCCCUGAUUUCUUCUGUUUUUUUCUGGGUCCAUGUUCUUGAUUUUCUUUUCUUUUUUUCUUUUCGUCCAUGUUCUCUGUUUGGUUAUUCUUUCUUCCUUUUCCUUUUCUUCCCUUCAUUCUCUCCCUUUUCCUUUUCUUCCCUUCAUUCUCUCCCUUUUCCUUCUCUUUUCCUUUUCUUCCCUUCAUUCUCUCCCUUUUCCUGCUCCUUCCUUCACCUUCUUCCCAGUAUAUUCUCUCCAUGUUCUCCAUUUUUCUUUCUUUUCCUUUUUCUUCUUUCUUUCUUCCCAGUAUCUUCUUUAAGAGUUGUUGAUUCUCCUUCUUCUUUUUCUUAUUCCUUCCUAGUAUCUCUUGUCUCCAUGUCAUCUCUUUCUCUUCCUUUUUCUGCUCCUUCCCUCAUUUCUUUCUUCCGUUCCUUUGUUUUAGCUCAUUUUCCCUUCUUCCUGUCCUCCCAAUCCUCCCGGCAAGAUGUAUAGAAGAAGAGGAGGAAGGAGGGAGACAGACAGUGAGGGUAUCAAGAGAAAGCUUAAGUUAUACCCAAAAAAGUCUUCAGUCCAGGCCCUUAUAUUUUUGAGGCAGUUUCCCCUUACAAGUUCAGGCCAUUUACUAAGCUCUUGUACCCUAAGCCUCUUGAAGAAGUCCUGAAGCCAUUACCAAGAAGACAAAGAAGAAAGAACAGAACAAAGGAAGGAUAAAGAGGAAAGAACAGGAGGAAGGAGUGAAGAAGAAUGAAGAGGAGAAAAGAAAGAGAAUGGAAGGAAGGAAGGUGCAUAGAAGAAAGAAUGACAAAGGAAGAAACAAGGAAGACAACCAAUAAAGUUAAGAAAGAAAGAACAGUUUGAUACGUUUACAAGCACCUCAAUUUUUUUCUUUUCCGUUUGUUUGUUUGUUCGGGAUGUACGUAUGUUCGUAUGCAUGUAUACUACUACAACCUCAUACACACACAUAUAUAUAUACAUAGCAUCACUACAACUACUAAUGUAUAGCCUGUAGUUUGUAUAAUAAUAAUAACAAUAAUAAUAAUAAUAGUGAUACCAGUGAAAU